GGAGGAACGGUAGAAAGACGUGUUUAGUCCGGUUCAUUGGAAGUACUGGCAGCUAAGCAAGCAACAACAUGAGGUUUUCCGCACUUGGUACCGCCAUUGGCGGGUUGGCGAUGGCUAAAUGUGUCGCAGGAAUAGAGAACGCUGCAGUAUACAAGCUCAAGAACAACGAUUGCCAAUCCCAUGGCUUGACCAUAGGGCAAACGGACGCGACGUUAAACCUGGCCUACGACUUUGGCGUCUCCCAGUUCUACAAUGUGGAAGACGUAGAGGACUUGAACAACGUUGUGCUUGGAAAUAGAAAGGCGGAAGACGGCGAGGAGGAGAAGAAACUGAUUCUGAUCAUCAACGGAGUCGAGCACCCAUCCGACUUUUUCGGUUCCUACGACAUAGCGCCAACGUUCGAUGUCGAAAUCAAAGAUGACAGACACUCGUCUCUCUUGAAAAGCUUUCUCCAGGACGUUCCUAACAAACUGUACACGUUGAACAAGAACUCGGGGUACUAUUUGAACAAGCUAUCCAACGAGAUCACGAUUUUGACGGAUUCAAACAAAAAGGCGUCCUACCUUAAGAACCUCUGGAACAAAUAUUUCCACCAGGAGGAAACCAACAAGGUGGAGGGUCUUUGGGAACUCUUGAAAGACUCUGUCACGCUGCAUCCAAAGGCACAGAAAGGGGAAAACGUUCUGAAAAUCAACAAGAGAUCGAUGGACUACAUAAACGACGAAUCUUUUAUCAGCGAAUUGACGCAGCUAGAGUUUUUCCUCAACGACGAGUUGGAGAACAACAUCAAGAACGACAAGGUAAUCAUAAACAUUGACUCUUUGAUCUCCAUCUUCAAGAAAACGGGCGUCACACAGACUUACGAAACUUGUAAAAAUAUCAUUUCCAAAGUCGUUAUCGAAAAGCUCCAAAACCACGGAGACGUCAGCGCCACCAUUGUCGUUCUACCACUCGACCAAUCCCUGGUCACGGUGAAAGGCACUGAGGUUUUCCUUAAGCAGCAGCAGCACGUCUCGAGCCUCCACCGGAGAUCCACCGAGUCUGUUUUUGUCAAAACAUCCAACGCGUGCUUUGCAAACCAGCUAGCGUGCAUUGAGUCCACGGAUUCGUGUUCCGCCCACGGUCUCUGUACCUUGGUCGGCUCUUGCUGGAAAUGCUUGUGCUCCGCCACCACUGACGACAAGGACAGAACCAGCUACUGGACCGGUGCUUCCUGCGAGAAGGCCGACUACUCGUCGCAGUUCAACUUGUUGUUGUGGACCACAAUCGUGCUGAUUCUUUCCAUCGUCGCCGGCAUCAAGUUGAUGUACCAGUGCGGUGAGCAAGAAUUGCCAGGUGUGUUACUUGCUGCAACCGUGCAGACCAAGAAAGCCACUUGAAUUGUAAGCAUAUGAAAUAAAACAAAAUAAUAUAACAGGUAAUCAUUCUCAAAUCUACUUUUUUUUGCUUUCUACGUAGUCUCGUUUCGGCAUGGAACAAAACGAUCCGGGAACUUUAACAGGUAAUGUAAAACUUGGCUACAAUCCUACGUCGGUAAAAA